AUGGACAAGUACGAAAUGCUUCAACAAAUUGGUAAAGGUACAUAUGGAGAGGUGUUUUUGGCAUUACAUAAAUUUAAAAAUCAACAGGUCGCAAUAAAGCAGUUAGACUUGCGUCAGAAAUCUCAGAAAGAUGUUCAAAGUGCCACGUUGGAAGCACAGUUAUUAGCAGAAUUCACACAUACGAAUAUUGUUUCAUAUGUUGACUCCUUUUUUGCAAAUGGUUUCUUGAAUAUUGUUAUGGAGCAUUGUGAAAAUGGUACACUUGAUAAAAAAUUGAACGAAUGUAAACAUUAUCAACACCGAUUAAGUGAAGAACAAAUUGGUGAAUGGUUUGCUCAACUAUGUCAGGCACUGGAAGUACGCACGGAGCACGAGCGCAUCGAACAUUAG